ACGUCCACGAGAGAGGCUCUGAAUAACAAAAGUAUCAAGCCGUUGUUGAAUGCAUUUAACCAGAUUCCUGGGAGUGAAAAUGAAAAGAAAUGUACCUUGGAUCAAGCAUUUAGAGUUAUAGUGGAAGAAGAAAUAAUAAACAAAGCUGCCUGUGAAAAUCUCCUAGCAAUUAUUUCUCUUGCUAUUAAUGGAGUCACAGAAGGCAUCUGCACUGCAUCAACCCCUUUUGUGCUUCUGGGGGAUGUACUGGAUUGCCUACCUUUGGGUCAGUGUGACAAAAUUUUCACUUUUGUGGAGAAAAAUGUUGCUACGUGGAAAUCGAACACAUUUUACUCUGCAGGGAAAAAUUACUUGCUUCGGAUGUGCAAUGACCUCCUAAGAAGAUUAUCUAAGUCACAAAACACAGUCUUCUGUGGAAGAAUUCAGCUGUUCUUGGCUAGGUUAUUUCCACUUUCAGAAAAGUCAGGACUUAACUUGCAGAGCCAGUUUAACCUGGAAAAUGUCACUGUUUUCAAUACCAAUGAACAUGAGAGCACUCUAGGACAGAAGCACACCGAGGAGAGGGAAGAGGGAAUGGAUGUAGAAGAAGGUGAAAUGGGAGAUGAUGAAGCACCAACAAGUUGUUCCAUUCCAAUAGAUUAUAACCUCUAUAGAAAAUUCUGGUCACUUCAAGAUUAUUUUAGAAAUCCUGUGCAGUGCUAUGAGAAGGUCUCAUGGAAAACUUUUCUCAAGUACUCAGAAGAAGUUUUGGCUGUUUUCAAAAGUUACAAAUUGGAUGACACUCAGGCUUCCCGAAAAAAGUUGGAAGAACUAAAAACAGGAGGAGAACAUGUGUAUUUUGCCAAGUUCCUAACUAGUGAAAAGCUGAUGGAUUUACAGCUGAGUGACAGUAACUUUCGCCGUCACAUCCUGUUGCAGUACCUAAUACUCUUUCAGUACCUAAAGGGACAGGUCAAAUUCAAAAGUUCAAACUAUGUUCUAACAGAUGAGCAGUCUCUUUGGAUUGAAGAUACUACAAAAGCAGUUUACCAGCUUCUUUCAGAAAAUCCUCCAGAUGGGGAAAGAUUCUCAAAAAUGGUAGAGCAUAUAUUAAAUACUGAAGAAAAUUGGAACUCAUGGAAGAAUGAGGGCUGCCCAAGUUUUGUAAAAGAAAGAUCUCAGCCAGAUUUUCAUCUUGGACCUCCUGAUUCUAAGCCCAUGAGGCCUGUAAGAAAGAGGCCAGCUCCAGAGGACUUCCUAGGAAAAGGGCCAAACAAAAAAAUCCUCAUGGGAAAUGAAGAACUGACUCGCCUUUGGAACUUAUGUCCCGAUAACAUGGAAGCUUGUAAAUCUGAGAGUAG